AUGUUGUCACUAUUCAUUGCAGCAGGUCUGCUUGGCCUCGCAACGUCCCAGCAAGUCGGCACACAACAGACGGAAACCCAUCCAAAACUAUCUUGGAGCAAGUGUACUAGCGGUGGGAGCUGCACCAGCACGAAUGCCGAGGUAGUCAUUGACUCAAACUGGCGCUGGCUCCAUGGUACUAGCGAUACUAAGAACUGCUACGAUGGUAACGCGUGGACCAGUGUCUGUAGCACUGCUACCGAUUGUGCCCAGAAAUGUGCCCUCGAGGGUGCAGAGUACUCGAAAACAUACGGAGCAUCAACAAGCGGCAAUGCUUUGACCCUGAAGUUUGUCACGAAACAUGAAUAUGGUACCAAUAUCGGCUCACGUUUUUAUCUUAUGAACGGAGCUUCCAAAUAUCAGAUGUUCACACUCAUGAAUAACGAAUUCACCUUUGAUGUAGACUUGUCGACUGUUGAUUGUGGUCUCAAUGCUGCCCUGUACUUCGUUGCCAUGGAGGAAGACGGCGGAAUGAAAAGCUAUUCGACCAACAAGGCCGGCGCCAAGUACGGUACUGGAUACUGUGAUGCGCAGUGCGCAAGGGACUUGAAGUUUGUGGGUGGCAAGGCGAAUGUCGAAGGCUGGGCACCGUCAACAAAUGAUAAGAACGCUGGUGUCGGUCCUAUGGGAGCCUGCUGUGCUGAGAUCGAUGUCUGGGAGUCUAACUCUCACUCUUUUGCGUUGACACCCCAUCCUUGCACUGAAAACACUUAUCACGUCUGCACAAAGAAUGAAUGCGGUGGUACUUACUCGGAUGAUCGUUUCGCCGGUAAGUGCGAUGCUAAUGGCUGCGAUUAUAACCCGUAUCGCAUGGGCAACACGGAUUUCUACGGUAAAGGCAAACUUGUCGACACAAGCAAGAAGUUCACGGUCGUCACCCAAUUCCAGCCCGACAAGGUCACCCAGUUCUUCGUCCAGAAUGGUGCCAAGAUUGAGAUUCCUAGCCCAACAUACGACGGUAUUUCCGAUAGUAGCGCCAUUACCCCGGAGUUCUGCGAGAACCAAUUCAAGGUAUUUGGCGACAGAGAUCGAUUCUCUGAGGUUGGAGGCUUCCCACAGCUCAACAAGGCUCUUCAGGUACCAAUGGUCCUGGUCAUGUCUAUUUGGGACGACCAUUAUGCAAAUAUGCUAUGGCUCGAUUCGACAUACCCACCAGAGAAGGAGGGCGAACCAGGCGCCGCCCGCGGUGACUGUGCACAAUCGUCCGGGGUUCCCUCGGAUGUCGAGUCCAAUAUCCCCAACGCUCAGGUCGUUUGGUCCAACAUUCGCUUUGGUCCCGUCGGUUCCACCGUCAAGGUCUAA